AUGGCUUCUGGCAGUGCAGCUAAUGCAAAAGACACAGUGAAAGACAAGUUGUCUGAUGCUUACGACCAAACCAUAAAAAUGGCUACGGAUAAGACUCCUGAUGUUAAAGACUCGACGAGGGAUGCAUUAGACAAGGCUUAUGAUAAAUAUGAAGAUGCAAAAUCGAAGGUUGAUGAAGCUUAUAAAUAUGCCAAGGAUACAAUGACUGAGCAAGCCAAGGAGAAGUAUGAAGCUGCCAAAGAGAAGGCCUCGAAUGCUGCUGGCUACCUUGGUCAAAAGAUGAGAACGGGAAGUACAGAACUAUGAGGAAUUAAUAGUCCUUAUGUUUCCUUUUGUUUCUUUGAACUGUUUGACUAAACUUUUGUAGGUUAGGCGAGUCGCUGAUGAACUUAAUUUAUGUAUGUUCUCGACAGCACGAGAGUUUUUCUUUCGUCGCGAUAAAAUGUCAUUAACCAUGAAUUGCCAUAUUAUAAGCCGUGACUGGC